UAUCCAGUUCAGUUCGUGGCUUCAGUAUUAAAUAUAACCUGAAUUCUGUCUAACCUUUGCAAACCAGAGUUGUAUAAUAAAAUUUAUAUUUUCUACGGUCAUUUUAUCGUAAUAAACCAGCAAAAUGUCGGAGCGUAAAGUAUUGAACAAAUAUUAUCCACCGGAUUUCGAUCCGUCGAAAAUCCCGCGUAUGAAAUUAGCCCGGAACAGGCAAUACACAGUACGUUUGAUGGCUCCUUUUAACAUGAGAUGUAAAACUUGUGGAGAAUACAUUUACAAAGGAAAGAAGUUUAAUGCACGUAAAGAAGAUGUAGAGGGUGACGAUUACUUAGGAAUACGGAUUUACAGAUUUUAUAUAAAAUGCACGAGGUGUCUUCAGGAAAUAAGCUUUAAAACAGAUCCUAAGAACACAGAUUAUGAAAUUGAGGCGGGUGCUACCAGAAAUUUCAUGGCUUUAAAAUUGGCUGAAGAACAGGCACAAAGGGAAGAAGAUGAAGAAAAAGAAGAAGAAGCUACCAACCCUAUGAAACUCUUGGAAAAAAGAACAUUGCAAUCGAAACAAGAGUUGGAAUUACUGGAGUCCUUGGAGGAGUUGAAAGACUUGAAUCGUAGACAACAGACUAUUGAUUAUGAUCAAAUGCUAGAACAGUUUGAUACGGAAGCAGCUAAGCAAAGGACAGAGAAGGAACAGGAAGAAUAUGAUGAAGAAUACGUUAAAGCAAUAUUUGGCAAAAAGACUGUUGUAGAAGAAGAAAUUGUAGAAAUAAAUGAAAGCGAAACUCGUGAACCGCCAAAGAAAAUACUUAAAAGAAGCGAAAACGAAAGUAAAAGCAGUGAAACAACGUCUGUGGAAAUCAAAGAAGAGCCUAAGGAUGCACCAAAUAGGGCAAAAACGUCUGAAACAUCGUUGUGGUCUGAAAGUUUAGCACCGUCCUCCUCAAAUAAAAAGAAUUUGUUAGGCAUAGUUAAAAGAAAGACCAACUUAGUUAGUAAGUUGACUACGGACUCUAAAGGUGCUGCUACAGAUAAACAAAAAACUGUGAUAAAAGAAGCAGACGUAUCAAGAGAAGAAAGUAAAGAUGCAGAUGCAAUCACAGACGAAAGUACACAAAAUUCAAAAAGCAAUAGCCAUAAUGGUCUCUCUUUGCUUGGAGCAUAUUCCGGCAGUAGCGAUAAUGAUAGCGAUUAACACAAAUUCAAAAUUGUACAUAUAAUUUAAUUGUAUAAAAUUUUUUAUAAAAUAAAGUACACAUAUAAAA